AUGGCCUCUUUCAAGCUAUUCUUCGUUGCUCUCUUCCUUGCUGUGUCAUUCUCCAACAUGGGAAUGGGGCUGGCGGCGAGGCAGCUCCUCCAAAUGCCAGCUCUCCCAAAUCUGCCCACGCUGCCUCCUCUGCCCAGCGCCACCGUCCCAUCUCUGCCUCAGCCGACGACGACUCUGCCACAACCUUCCUUUCCUUCCGGUGGAUUGCCUCCACUUCCCAGCGCCGGAGCCAUGCCUACCAUUCCGGCGAUUCCGGCUUCCAUCCCAAAGGUCUCUCUGCCGCCAUUGCCAAGCAAUCUCCCAUCGAUCCCGGCUAUUCCGGCCACCAUUCCUUCCAUCCCCAUCCUCACCCCGUCUCCUACCGGCAACUAA